AUGUCUCAAAUCCUUGAGGAUUUCACACUCGUUGGUUCGCGAACCCACGAUGUUGUCCAGCAGUUCACUAGAUUUACAUUGGUGGUCGACCCCCUGGACCCAGUCGCUCCAAGAAAUCCCCACAAACAAGGCCAGUUCCAGCUGUUUGCGGACACUCUCACUAAGUUCAACGAAGAGUGCACCAACUCUGUGAUAGAAGCUGACGACUUGCCCAAGACUGAGGUGCAGGUCAUGUGGAAGGCACCUCCAGCUGGUUCUGGUUGCGUUGUACUUAAAGCGAUGGUGUACGAGAACGCAAGCCGUUGGUUCGCGGAGGACGGGCAGCUGUCGCGGCGCGUGUGCGAGGACACGGCGCUGUCCGCGCCCGACUGCUGCGCCUGCGACGACGCCAAGUACAGGAUGGUGUUCGAAGGGCUCUGGUCUCCGCAAACGCAUCCUAAGGAUUUCCCAGUGCAGGCGCUGUGGCUCACUCAUUUCUCUGAUGUAAUCGGAGCCACGCAUCGCAAGAACUUUAGUUUCUGGGGCGAAGGAGAGAUCGCUACCGACGGCUUCAGGUCACUCGCAGAAUGGGGUUCCGUGGGUCUCCUGGAGCGCGAGCUGCGUCAGCGCGGACCAGUCCUAAGGUCCAUAGUAAAAGCUGCAGGACUGUGGCAUCCUCGCCUUAACGAGAACACCACUGCCACUUUCUCUGUCGACAGGAAACGACACUACCUCUCGCUUGCUUCUAUGUUUGGUCCUUCACCGGACUGGGUGGUGGGUGUGAACGGACUGGACCUGUGCAACAAGGACUGCUCGUGGGCGGAGUCCAAGGUCAUAGACUUGUAUCCGUAUGAUGCUGGUACUGAUAAUGGCAUCUCAUAUAUGUCGCCAAACUCAGAGACAAAUCCCCGAGAGAAGAUGUACCGCAUCACAACGAUGUAUCCCGAGGACCCUCGCGCACCGUUCUACAACCCCGACCAGAAGGAGAUGAACCCUAUGGCCAGGCUCUACCUCACCAGGGAGAAGAUCAUCCCCAAGUCCUGUGACGAGGAGACCCUGCAGAGUCUGAUCGUGGAAGAAACUGAGAAUACCGAAUCUACUAACAGACCGGAGUGCGCGGUGAGCGAGUGGUCGCCGUGGUCGGAGUGCUCCGUGACGUGUGGCAAGGGGCUGCGCAUGCGCACGCGCAGCUUCCGCAUGCCGGAGAAGGCGCGCAUGUUCGCGUGCGACCGCCAGCUCGUGUCCAAGGAGAUGUGCGUCGCCGCCGUGCCGGAGUGCGAGGGUGAAAAUGCUAACGAAGCGGACACAGAUUUCGAAGUGGCACCGGUGGAGGCGAUCGGAGGUAUCUGUGAGACAACAGAGUGGGGGCCGUGGAGCGAGUGCUCCGUGACCUGCGGGGUCGGCAUCAGCACCAGGAGGCGCCACUUCCGCAACCCGAUGGGUACUAAGAAGUGUCCGUUGGUGCAAAUUGAGGAGAACCGCAAGUGCAUGGAGCCGGCGUGCUCGGAGCUGGAGUCGCCUGCAGUGUCCGACCCUCAGUGCCCCGCCAGCGAGUGGUCGGCGUGGUCGCCGUGCUCGGCGUCGUGCGGGCGCGGCGUGGCGUUCCGCACGCGCCUGCUGCUGGUGCCCGCCGCGCGCCAGCGGGACUGCGGCGCGCGCGUCGAGCUGCUGCAGCAGCGGCCCUGCCUCGAGCGCGCCGACUGCGCCGUCGACAUGGCCACCGCCAAGCGUAUCUGCAUGGAGCCCCCGGAGGUGGGUCCCUGCCGCGGCCUGUACCAGCGCUGGGCGUUCGCGGCGCAGAAGGGAAUGUGCGUACCCUUCUACUACGGAGGCUGUCGCGGAAAUGGGAACAAUUUCAUCUCGCAGCAGGACUGUCUCGACACUUGCAGCGUCAUCAUCGCUGAAAAAAACAAUCAACGUGGCACGUGUGUUGCAAUGACCCUGAGAACGUCUAACGGUGUAAAGGACAACUGGCUAUGCCAGGGCUGCUAG